AUGACCGAAGCUACACAAUUCGAUAUGUCGUGGCCCAUGGAUAAUCUCCUCGACCGGCAGACUACGGUGCAGGAUCUAAGUCCGCACCCAUUCAUUGCAGGCGACUUUUCUUUUGGGUUGCAAGAAGAGUCAGAUCCUGUCUGGUCUGAAGGAUUCAACUGGAGUGAAUAUGAAAAUACGCCCAAGGCCGAUACGUUCCAGCCAUACCCGCAACUAUGGUAUGAAGCUGGUUUGGUGCGACAGAAUACUAUGGAUGAAAGCAUCCUACCUCAGCCAAUCCCAAACCCCGAAAAUCUCCCGAUCCAACUCCGCAACGCCCUCGCAACCGAACGCGCCCUCUUCAUGACUCCUUCGCCGAAUACGGCUUUUCCGUUGCCCACGUCCCCGAGUAUGGAUCCCCUUUCGCCUGUUUCCUCUCAAUCUCAUGCUUCGGUUUGGGAGGAGGGGGAGCGGGAUCGGGAGGAGGGAUUGUAUAUUGGUACUUUUGAACAGGGCCAGGGACAUGCCCAGAAUCAAGGAAGUGUGCAGAGUCAAACUCAGAGUCAUAUGCCCCGUCGAUACUCUGAAUACUCCACUUCUACCUCCACCUCCACCUCCACACACAGAAUGGAUGAGGAGGAGGCACUUACACCACUCGAAAUGCCAGAUGGGAGUACGCGCUUCACGUCGAAUUGGUUACCUGUUGAUCCAGAUGCUGGAUUCACCAUUGGAUCGCCUGGCAUUCCGGGAUAUGAGGAUGAGAUAUACUAUGGUGAUUUGCAGAACGCAUUCUUCCCCUCCAAGCCUGCUUCUUUAUCUUGGAGUUAUGGUCGUUGA